AUGAUAUUUACUAGUUUAAAUUAGUUAUGUGAAGAAAAUAAUUUAAGUUUGAAGACCACAGAACUGGCUGCCUAAUUAUUUUAAAAAUGCUUUUCUUAAAAGUGUUGCAAUUUAAGCAAUAUAUUAUUGAUUGCCAUUACUUCAUUAUUUAUCUCUAUAAAGUAUAACGAAUGUUCAAACUUAACUUAGAUUAAUUUGUAAGACUGUAUCCUUUUAGGAAAUGGUAAUUAUACAGAGAAAGACUUUCUUGAAAUGGAAUUGAAAAUUCUAAAUCUCAUAAACUUUGAUGUGAAUCUCCCUACAAUUUCUGAUUUUCUUUAAGAAGAAACAAUAUAAUAUGUUGAUUUAGUAUUAUUUGUUACAUUGGACUCAAAAUUUUGGUCUUUCUCAAAAUUAGAUUUAUUCUAAGCUAUCUUAGCAUUUGCUAAUAAACCUAAGAAGGACUAAAAUGAGAUAACAACCAACGUAUUUUAUUCUCAUCAAUAUUAGAUAAUGAAUAUAAUUUAAACCAAAGUGAAUAUGUUAACUGCAAUUAGUAAUGAUCAAAAGACUAACUUAAAAUAAUAAAGGAAGAGAAUUCAAAAAUAGAAAUUAAGAAUCAAAAAACGCAAUUAAAGAGGUUUUAAUUAAAACAAGUUAGAUGUUCAAAUUUGA